AUUCUUCGCAAGAACCCCGGGAAGGGGGUACUGAGCCCCCCAGGUCUGGAGAUGGACAGGCAGGCACUAGGCGGGGGCUCGGUCCCUGAAGUGUACACAAACGGCACAAAGGCCUCCGGCCCCGCAAGCCCGGCGCGUGGUCCUUGCCCGCCGGAUGUUGACGGCGUCGCAUAGCAACUGGAGAUGGCGGAGCCUGGCGGCGGCGCUGGCGGGUCUCACUUGGGAGGCAAAUCUUCUGAAGGAGAAGAGGACCAGAAUGUUGAAGCCGGCAGGCUACAGAUAUCACCAGUGGAGAAGAGCAAUGACCAGAGAAAUGAAGAAGCUGAGGGUGCUACAGAGCAUUCCGAAAGGGAAAUUGAAAAUGAUGGGGAAGUCACAGCCCAGGGGGACUAUGGAGGAAGCCAAGGGGAAAUGGACAUGGAAGAGGAAUUUGAAUUAGAAGAGGAAUUAGAAUCUGAUUUGGAACCCACGUCCUCUGAAGGGGAAGUCAGUUCUCCAGAUCUGGCUUCCUCAGACAUCAGUCCUGGGGAGGGGCCCAAAGAAGAAGUUGACCGCACACACCCAUAUGAAGGAGCAAGGAGGGAGAUGGGUCUUGAGGACAGAGAGGCCCCCUACCCAUCCAAAUCCAGCGGAAUGGGGUUCAUCGCCACAGUGCGCUCCCAGCAAGUAUUAGGCCUAUCUGAGCAAACGAGCCAGGGAGCGCUCCAGCAGAAGGUCUUUCCUCUGGAGGCUGGGCAUCACCUCAGACAGAGCCCGGAGAGCAGCGACACAUCCCUGGAUCUUGACGAGCUGCCUCCGAGCACGGAGGGGCCCUUCACCCCGGAGUCAGAACCCAGCACCCACCCCAGGGAGGGUGCCGCGUCCUCCUUCCUGGACAGGAUCCAGCAGCUAAGCAUGGUGGAGGAAAGGGGCCUGGUGGAAAGAGUGGAAUCUGAGGGCAGCGACGAGGCGGAAGAAGACAAAUCCCAGCUGGUGGUCUUGGACCCAGACCACCCCCUGAUGAUAAGAUUCCAGGCUGCCCUGAAGAGCUAUCUUAACCGGCAGAUAGAGAAACUGAGGCUGGAACUUCAAGAACUGAGCGUGGCCACCAAGCAAAGCCGAGUCCAACGGCAGGAGUUGGGGGUGAACCUUUACGGGGUCCAGCAGCACCUGGCCCGCCUGCAGAUGCAGCUUGAGAAAAGUCACGACCGCCACUCCAUCGCUGCAGGCACAAGGCAGCAGAAAGAGGAGGAGCUGCAGAGGGUGCGCUUGCUCUACACCAAGACCUGUGAGACCGCCAACGAGGAGCGCAAAAAGCUGGCAGCUCUGCAAACGGAGAUGGAUACCCUCGCUCUGCAUCUCUUCUACAUGCAGAACAUAGACCAGGACGUGCGUGAUGACAUCCAAGUGAUGAAGCAAGUCGUGAAGAAGUCAGAAGCCCAGCGCAUGCGGGCCGAGCUGGAGAAGAAGCAGCAGGACCUGCACGUGGACCGGCUGACCACCCGAGCCAACCAGCUGGAAGAACAAACCUCCCUGUUUGAGGCCCAGUACCACGCACAGGCUAAAGACACUCAGAUGCUCAGGAAAGCAGUGAGUGAGGCCUGCACAGAAAUAGAGGCCAUCAACAUGGAGAAGAAGCACAUCUUGCAGCAGUGGGCCACCAGCCUGGUGGGCAUGAAACAUCGCGACGAGGCUCACAGAACCAUCCAGGAGGCACUCAGGUACGAGCAGCCCUGCUGGUUGCCACAGAGGCAGGCCAGGUGACUCAGGGCCGUAGGC